AUGAGUGAUGAAUACGCCGCAGUUAAACGUGGAAAAUUAGUUCUCAAGGGGGAUAAACCAAAAGCUAAGAAGCGUAAACACAAAAAAAAGGAGAGCGAUAGUAAUUCCAAAAUCGAUGAGGAUUGCGUUAAACAUGGCAAUUGGUGGAAGGUGGAAAAGAUAGAAGAUUUAACAGGGCCGAUAUCAAUUGAGUUUGGUAACCACACAUAUAUAUCCGCCUUAGACAACGGUUUAUUCACAUUAGGAGCGCCACACAAUGAGGGAGAUGGUCCUUCACCUGAAGAGAUUUUUACUGCGUUUCCCGCAGGUGACACUAAAUUUGCACUUAAAUCAGGAUAUGGAAAAUUCCUUGGUAUAUCAAAGGAAGGAGUGGUGACUGGUAGAUCAGAUGCUGUAGGACCUAUGGAACAAUGGGAACCUAUUUGGCAAGAUGGAAAAACUGCAAUUUUAUGUUCUCUCAAUAAGUUUGUUUCUGUGAAUCCUGAGGAUGAUUCUAUUGUAGCUAAGAAUGUAUCAGCAGGAAACGAAGAGUUCUGUAAUAUACGGUGUAAUAGAAGUAGAGAUAUAAAAAGAGUGGUUAUACCUGAAGAGGAAGGUGACUUGGCUGAAGUUGAAGUAAACUAUGUGAAAAAGUUCCAAAAGUUCCAAGAUAAGAAGCUGCGAGUCAAUGAAUCAGGGGUGAUUGAAUUAAAAAGAGCUAAAGUGGAUGGAAACCUCCAUGAAACAUUGCUAGACCGACGAAGUAAAAUGAAAGCUGACAGAUAUUGUAAAUAA